AUUAGAAUCUCAAUAGCUACAGAAUGCUGGCUGAUCUGUUUAAUAUAUGCAGAACACACAACUACCAGUCAAAAUUAAAUUAGAUUCCAAAAUGCUUAUAAAGCUAAAUCAGAAAGAAUCAGCAAUACUUAUCCAUGGAGUAUGGGAAGAAUCAGCACACAACUUUCCAAAAUUAAUUUGGAUUCAAAAUUUAGAAAUUGGAAGUAUAGAACAAGAUCGGAAAGAAUCAACAAUAAGAGUAGCUGCCAAUUAAUUCGUUCAGGAGGACAAAAGUUUAAUCCUUUGUGCCCAUGUCCAGCAAUGAUCAACUGUCCAGAUUAACAAGAAUUGUAGGCAUCUAUGUUCCUGUAUGCCCAUCUCCAGAAAAAGUUAUUCUCUUAGUUAACCUUCCCUUCCCUGUGUAUAUCAUCAGAGACGUGUGAGCAUGUUGCUUCUGAGAAAAUUCAAAAGGAAAACUGAAGGACAAAACCAAAAGGAUAUCAGAAUACUCCCUUUCCUUCACCAUUGUAGACGUGGGUUUCCAAACGGAAAACUCUUUACCGGAAAGUAUAAGGCAUGGGUGAGCAACGUAUGAAAUCCAAAGCAUUUUCUUGAGAAGACGAUAAAAAGUGAGGUUGUGGAGGCAACGGACGACGGACCAGCCGAAGGGAAGAAUGGAGCAGAGGAAGAGACUAUCUCAGAAGAACAUGUCGUUUGAAAAUUUGAAUUUUGAAUUUGAAUUGGUGUGAAGCGAUUAGGAGGACAAAAAUUUGAAUUUGUCAGAUAAAGUGGAGGUGAUCCUGGUCUUCUUCAUUCUGCUUUUCACUCCUGCUGUUUUGGGUUACUCUCCCUGCUUCUUUCUCAGCCAUUUUUUAAUCUUUCCUGAAAUUAGAAAAGAUGCUAUUAGAAAGAAUGGAGAGUUUUUUCCUAAUUGGGAUAGAGGUAGGGGUCGGGGAAGGGAAGGGAAAAGCUGAAGAGAUAAAGAGGGGCAUGUGGUAUAUUUAAUUUAAAAGAGAUCAGAAGAGUAACACUCAACAUCUUCAUCGCUGAGCAUUUCUUUGUCUCUUCCAUUUUAGCAUUCUCCUCCAUCGCAUUGAACCCUAGGCGUGAGACAUCUUAGAGAUAUCAUCAAACGCCUAACUGCCUAACUCAUCUACCCCCGAAUUCCGAGUUCUCCUCACCUUCGCCGUCGUGGUCCUCAGUCUAUAAGUCGUGCAGCUCGGCCAUUCCCUCAGUUCGUGGUGCUCGACUGCUCGUCGCCGUCUCCACUGUGUGUAGCUCGGCUGCGUUUCAGUUCAUGAUACACGGUGGAAAUCAGUUUAAAUCUAUUUUCCUCUUCAGCUACAGUGCUCUGUAUUAAUGUAGAAAAGUUCAAAAUACAAAUGCGAAGAUAGAGAUAUCUGAGAGCACACUUCGUCAGUUUGGGUGUGGAAGUGGGAUUUUCCCCUUAUACAUGCAUUUAUGUUCCUGUACUACUUUCAGCUUUGGGAUGUGCUAUGGCCCCUAGAAGGGAAACGGCAGAGGUUAUUCUUCCUAUUGGGAUUGGGACUAAUUCUGGAGCUGGACGUUGAGGGUAUUAGAACACUCUUACCUGAUUGAUAAGAAUUUGGUGAUCUGCUCAAUUUACAUUCUACGAUCAUGGGGUCGCACGGAAAAAGAUCAGGGAAACUCGUCUUCGAUUCAUUUCGAAGUUGCUCUUGGAGGAUUAUGCCCAAAACUGAAAUUCUACUAUCCAAUAGAAGAUUUUCCCAGUUUGAACACUUGAUGGUUCCUGCAUGGAAUAGAGCUAAACUUCAUAUUGGGAUUUCAUCACACUCUCCUAUAUCACAAAGACUACGCUUACAGGGUAGGGUCAACAGGAACUUGGGUAAUCCAUUUCUCAAUGAGGCGAGGAGAUUUUACUCUGUGAAUCAGUAUGAUAAUGUGAAGCAACGGCGUAAGUCACGAGGUCUUAGAUGGUGGUUUCGUUUCAGUGUGUUGACAGUAACAUGCUGUUCAUGUGUUAUUGUCAAGACAUUCUAUGAUCAUUUGCACGUUGUUCCCUAUUACAACAGAACACGUUUAAUUCUCUUCUCCGAGUCUGCGUUGAGGAGGCUCACAGAGAUGCAGUUCAUGGAAAAGAAAAAGUCUUUUGAAGGGAAAAUAUUACCUGAUACUCAUCUUGAAACCAUACGGGUAAGAAGGAUAGCCCGGGACAUAAUUGGGGCAUGCGAAGAAGAGAUUCAACGACAGGGGUCACAACUUAGUACUACGUCACAUUUGGAUGGAUUGGACUGGGAGGUGCUAGUGGUGACUGGUUAUGGACAUUCCUUUGCUACGGUGUGUGGGAAGAUUGUGUUGUUUGAUUGGAUGCUUGAACAUGUCACAAGUGAUGCAGAGAUAGCAUUCCUCAUCGGACGUGAGAUUGGGCAUAUUGUGGCUCAACAUUAUGCUGAAAACUUGACAAUAUCUUAUUGCAUCAAGAUUCUAAAGGCCAUACUCAAUCCAAUUGGCUUAUGGCAUGCAGUCAGGAAUAAAUAUGGCCCUCCUGUCAUUCAUAUCUUAUUGGCGCAAGAAUUUGAAGCAGAUUACAUCGGGAUACGUUUAAGUGCUUCAGCUGGAUACGAUCCCAGGGAGGCUCCAAAAUUCUUGGAGAAGAUAGACCAGUUUUGGGUUGCCAACAUAGACAAGUUUUGGGUUGCCAACAUUGUGUCCCCAACUCCAGAAAGGAGGGCAGAAUAUCUAUCAUCUCGUAAGAACAUGUGGCAACCUCUUUCUAUAUACUUACGAGGAUGUUUAAAGCAGGACAAAUGAGGUUUACCUCCUUGGUUGGUUAGGGGGAGGGUUUGGAAAGAAGGGCUUUGGAGGGGAUGACUGCAAUUUAAAUCAUUUUAAUUCUGUGAUCAGAAUAACUUUAUUAUUUGCUUGAAAUUUCGUCAUGCUCAAUCUUGUUACUACUAAUGUUGGAAACAAUUACGAUGAUGUGAUGAAGAAUUGUAACAUCAACUGCUUUUAAAGUAAAAAUAUUUCAU